AUGGAUUGGGUCUUUGUGCAUAAAACUUGGGAUAAGUGGGCUUCUAUCAACAUUGGUUCUGGUCUUCCUUUAAAAGCUGCUUUGCUGAUUAAUUAUGACCCAACUGGACCAUCUCGAUUGUUAUCUACCGUUGCUGAACAAGAAGGAAUAAAAGUCAAUAUCAUUGAAACGAGACAUUUUGUCGAUUUCGUCAGACAGAGUAAGCUCCAGACAGAGAUCUUCAAUAUUGGGUCCAAUCAAUACUUGGUCACGUCAAUUCACGAGAACUGGUAUAGUGCGAGGUGCAUAAACACCUCAAAGCCUGCCGGGGAAGGUGCAAUUGUUAUGCAAACAGCAGCAUAUAUCUUGGUUGCUCUGUAUGAAGGUUCCAUUGGUCCGGCAUCUCGUGCUAUGGGAGCUGCUGAUCAGUUAGCUGCGCAAUUAGGGCGAAAAAAUCUUUAG